AUGAACCACCUCUUCCUUGUUCCUGAGAUAGUUGCGGUUAUCGUAAAGUCCGGCAGUCUCUACAAGGGCUACUUGUACACUUGUCUUUUAGUCAAUCGCGCCUUCUUUCAAGAAUCUGCCCGGCUCUUGUGGUAUGCAUGCGGUGGAGGAGUUUGGAAGCCGAGCGAGGUAGGCCAUGCCCUGGCUGAUGUCGAACAUCUCGCCUCGGUGAGCCGAAAAGAUCCGCAGCGAGCGCAGAUGUAUGCAAACUUCAUCCGCGUCUUGCAGUUUAACGAAUGGUUAGACGGCAGCGAGUACCGCGGCGAGUUUGAAUGGCACCAUGAGCUCUUGUCGCUGCAAUUCCCGCAACUCAAGACAGUGAGGUUCAUUGAGGAUGGUAGCGCUACAAGGUUGAUCACAGGGCAUGCUCUGCUUCACUAUGCCCAGCCAAACGUGGUCGAGUUCUAUGUCGCAACGGGCAGCCAGCUUUCCGACGCUUUCUUAGACACUCUGUUCAGCAAAUACAACACGGUGACCAGAGAGGGCCUAGUACGGUUUUUGCAAAGAUCCAGGCAACUAAGGGUUCUUCGUAUACAAAAUGUCUUUGAUGAUUUGUGGUCAGAAGAUGUCUUUCGUAUUAUUGAGCAGCUUCCCGACCUAUAUGCCGUUGGCCUCCCCUUGAUUGAAGAAUCUUGGCUCAAGGAGAUUACCGGAUUCCAGGCGCUCACAUCUCUCCAUACAAAUAUCUCUAAUCAGGGGCUAGAGCUUUUGGCCGCAUCCCUGCCAUACCUACUAGAAGUCGACCUCCAUUUCGAAUCUCUACGCCCUUCGCUUUCCGUGAUGGCAAGCUUCACGCGCUUAAGGAGCCUCGAAUUGAGGUUCCCACUAGGUUCUAGCUUUGACGCUCAGCACCUCCUUCUAAUUGCUCGCUGCUGUUUAAAUUUGAAAUUCGUUGCAAUAGCCGAAAGAGGCCAUCGCCCUAGAGCUUCUGGUUUGAACGAUGAAUUCAUAGAACAACUUGCUCAUCACAUUCCCCAUUUUUGGUCCCUCUGUUUGAAGAUAGAGACAAAUGAGGAGCCGAUGACCUUCCGAUCUGUACAGUCGCUUUGCAGACUUUGCCCCGAACUGGUUGACAUAAUUCUCGGUCCAAUUACCAUCGACUGGAGCGAGAUAAAAGCCGACGCUGGAGGCGGCGGUGGACAAAUGGUGAUGUCCAAGGAUCUCUGGGGUUUGCACUUUGUAUUGCACCAAGACCAGCAACCGCUUCCAUUCAACGAGGCGUUGGAGGAGGAGAACCGGGCACAAAGCGAAAGUAUUCUUCAAUUGACGAGAAACGUUGCAAGCGUAUUUCCUAGUUUGUCUGCAUUUAGCCUCGAGGGCGAAGGCAAGCGCGAAGGGGAGAGGCAGCUCUGGCUUGAAGUGACGGAGUAUUGUGAGGGUAGAUAA